GUGAUUCUCAUUUUGACAAAGCUCUAUGACUAUAACCUGGGGAGCAUCACAGAGAGCUCGCUUUGGAGGUCAACCGAUUAUGGGACAACCUAUGAGAAGCUGAAUGAUAAAGUCGGUUUGAAGACCAUUUUGAGCUAUCUCUAUGUGUGUCCUACCAACAAACGUAAGAUCAUGUUACUCACAGACCCUGAAAUUGAGAGUAGUUUAUUGAUCAGCUCAGAUGAAGGGGCCACCUAUCAAAAGUACCGACUGAACUUUUACAUCCAGAGCCUGCUUUUCCACCCCAAGCAAGAAGACUGGAUUCUGGCAUAUAGUCAAGACCAAAAGUUAUACAGCUCUGCUGAAUUUGGGAGAAGAUGGCAGCUUAUCCAGGAAGGAGUGGUACCAAACAGGUUUUACUGGUCUGUGAUGGGGUCAAACAAGGAACCAGACCUCGUGCAUCUCGAGGCCAGAACUGUGGAUGGUCAUUCACAGUACCUAACUUGCCGAAUGCAGAACUGUACAGAAGCCAACAGAAAUAAGCCUUUCUCAGGCUACAUUGACCCAGAUUCUUUGAUUGUCCAGGAUGAUUAUGUGUUUGUUCAGCUAACAUCAGGAGGAAGACCUCAUUACUAUGUGUCAUACCGAAGGAAUGCCUUUGCCCAAAUGAAGCUUCCAAAAUAUGCUUUGCCCAAGGACAUGCAUGUCAUCAGUACAGAUGAGAACCAAGUGUUCGCAGCAGUGCAAGAAUGGAACCAGAACGACACAUACAACCUCUACAUCUCGGACGCGCGUGGUGUUUACUUCACCCUGGCCUUGGAGAAUGUCCAGAGCAGCAGGGGCCCUGAGGGCAACAUCAUGAUUGACCUCUAUGAGGUAGCAGGGAUAAAGGGAAUGUUCUUGGCUAACAAGAAGAUUGAAAACCAAGUGAAGACUUUCAUCACAUACAACAAAGGCAGAGACUGGCGCUUGCUGCAGGCACCAGACACAGAUCUGAGGGGGGACCCCGUGCACUGUUUGCUGCCCUAUUGCUCAUUGCAUCUUCACCUGAAGGUCUCUGAGAACCCCUACACAUCAGGGAUCAUUGCCAGCAGAGACACAGCUCCAAGUAUCAUAGUUGCUUCAGGUAAUAUAGGUUCUGAAUUAUCAGACAGUGACAUCAGCAUGUUUGUCUCUUCAGAUGCAGGGAACACUUGGAGGCAGAUCUUUGAAGAAGAACACAGUGUUUUGUACCUGGAUCAAGGUGGAGUCCUGGUUGCUAUGAAACACACGUCACUCCCAAUUCGACAUCUUUGGUUGAGUUUUGAUGAAGGGAGAUCUUGGAGCAAAUACAGUUUCACAUCUAUUCCACUUUUUGUGGAUGGGGUUCUGGGUGAGCCUGGAGAAGAGACUCUAAUCAUGACAGUGUUUGGACACUUUAGCCACCGCUCUGAAUGGCAGCUGGUCAAAGUGGACUACAAGUCCAUUUUCGAUAGACGGUGUGCUGAGGAGGACUACAGGCCUUGGCAGUUACACAGUCAGGGUGAAGCAUGCAUCAUGGGAGCCAAAAGGAUAUAUAAGAAGCGAAAAUCUGAGCGGAAGUGUAUGCAAGGAAAAUAUGCAGGAGCUAUGGAGUCUGAGCCCUGUGUCUGUACUGAGGCUGACUUUGACUGUGACUAUGGCUAUGAGAGACACAGCAAUGGGCAGUGCCUGCCAGCUUUUUGGUUCAAUCCAUCCUCUUUGUCAAAGGACUGCAGCUUGGGACAGAGCUACCUCAAUAGUACUGGGUAUAGGAAGGUGGUCUCCAACAACUGCACUGAUGGGGUGAGAGAACGGUAUACUGCUAAAUCACAGAAGUGUCCAGGGAAGGCCCCUCGUGGACUCCGGAUUGUCACAGCUGAUGGAAAGCUGACAGCAGAACAAGGGCACAAUGUCACUCUCAUGGUGCAAUUAGAAGAGGUAAGAAUGACUCUAUCUUACAUCUGCUUUCUAGCCCAAGUGAUUUCUUCUAAUAAAUCAUGA